UCACUUUGGGAGGUCCGGCCCUCCAGAUAUUACUGACACCUACUCUCUUCUCGUCCUCAACAUCACCUUCCGUACCACUGCGGACGAUCUGUUUCCGCUUUUUGACAAAUAUGGCAAGGUUGUUGAUAUCUUCAUCCCUAGAGAUCGAAGGAGCGGUGAUUCUCGAGGCUUUGCAUUUGUGCGCUACAAGUAUGCGGAGGAAGCACAGAAGGCUGUGGAGAGGCUAGAUGGGAGAGCUGUUGACGGUCGGGAGAUAACAGUUCAAUUUGCCAAAUAUGGCCCAAAUGCGGAGAAGAUUCGAAAAGGUAGGAUUGUUGAAUCAUUUCCUAAAUCAAAAUACAGUUCAAGAAGUCGCAGCCCUCGAAAAAGAGAGCGAGAUGACCACAGGGACAGGGAUUACAGGAGGAGAAGUCGCAGCAGAAGCUAUGAUAGGCAUGAUCGCGACCGACAUCAUGGAAGGGAUAAGGAUGGUCGCCGUCGUAGCAGGAGUCGCAGUGCAAGCCCUGAUUACUCCAGGGGCCGAGGAAGAGGCCGCUAUGACGAGGAGCGACGCAGUGCCAGUCAGUCGAGGGAUAGUGCCUCCCCUGCUCGCCAUGGUCGAAGUCGUCGCAGGAGUCCUUCCCCACGCAGGAGCCCUUCCCCACGCAGGACUCCCCUUUCCAGGGGUGAGAGCCCUGAGAAACACGGUCUCAAUGGACAUUCUCCCAAUCCUCGUAGUUCAUCUCCAAGAGGUCAACCUGCUGCUUCCCGAAGCCCAUCUCCCCGGAAUUCUGAUGUUGACGAGUAACUCGUGUGAUGCGGGGGGAGGUCAUGGAGGCAUCGUCAGCAAUGUGCAUCUUAUGGCUAGUUGCAGUUGUUGGUCAUUUGAUCAUGAUGUGUUUCUGAUUGGAGAUUUAGAUUUUUGGUGUUGUUCUGUUCGAGAAAAGAUUUGACUGGCAGAUCGAAACGAAUGUUGAUAUUUGGCUAUUGUGGCUGUCGAUGCUGUUGUAAAACAUAGAUGCAUGAUCGUGACUGUGAUGCUGAUUAUAGGCGUGUGCUGAGUUCUCUGGAGAAUAGAUAACUAAUUUUCCUUUUUCUGAUAUGAAGAUUGGUAAGAUAUAGUUAAAUUCUGGUUUCCUGAAUAAUGCAGCCAUUGAGUUGUAUGAUGUACCUGAUUAACUUGUUUCCGAAUCUGUCGCCCUCAAAUAUGUUAGUUGUUACCCUGAUGAUGUGAAUGGUGGACACAAGGUGUACGUGUCACUUUAGCUGUAGCUGAGGCUGCUUAUGUGGUGGACCUGUGAUUCAGUAAAUUGAUGCGGAUGCAUAAAAUGAAAUGUAGUAAUACUGAUCUUCGCAGCUGCACUUAUCAAACAUGGUAACAUGUUUGCGCUUGAUUUUUCUUUUUGGGGUGUUGAUUACACUUGUGCACUUUUAACCCCAGAAUGUGAAGUUUAUAACUUAUUUUGCUUAAUGUAGUGACAGUAGCUGUGGCAUUGCAGCUGGUGACUUUCUGUUGUGUGAUAUAUGGGUUCUUGGGUCUGUUGAACUACGAUUGAAUAAGUUCUUGUAGCGGGUUUUUUGCUGCCCUUCGUGCUGGUGUCA